AUGCAUUGGCCGUCCUCCAUAAAGCAAAUCCAAAAGCUUACGGAAGUUGAACCUUUAGAUAAUUUGAAAAAACCCAAUAAUUCUCAUACCUACAAGCCCGACCCCCAUGACGAUGAAAUAAUUGAUUUGUUAACUAACUAUUCCAACGGUUUACCGUACGCUAUUUUAACAUACCGUUCGCUAUACAUCUUUGAUUGGAAGCAUAAAGUGCUAGUGAAUGUGCAUAUUCGAUCGAAUGAAUCGGUUGAAAACUACGGAUCAAACAUAUCUGUUAAAUUAUCACCGAAUUUACAAACAUUUGCUGUUCUAACCGACAAAAACACAAUUCUUGUCUACACCGUAAAACUGAAGACGGAUACAGAAUUGUUUAGCACUUUCAACAAAGAAGGAAAAUUACUUCAAAAUGGAUAUCCUAUAACCAGUUAUCAAGAAGAUCCAAUGAUAUACGGAGGUAUUGACUCUAAAUACAUAAACAAUAAAGAUGGCCAGGGUCAGGGUAUAGUGAAAAACAUUUUGAGCUCAUUUAUAGGAUCAGAUGAUGCUGAAGCUCCUGUGUUUGAUUUUGGAUUAAGAUUGAAGUUGAUUUUAAACGUUGUAAGUCCAGUUGUUGAUUAUUGUUUUACUAAUAGCAUUGAGUUGAUGUUGAUUAACUCUCAACCUCAUGCAUUUCAGGUUAUACAUUUAGCAAAUACCGACAAUAAAAAAUCAGAAAAAGGGCAAGUUUUGGAUGGUUCAUCUGAAAGCAUCAAGUUUGCACUUUCUGAUGAGGUUAAAUGGUUUAACGAUCCAGAAAUUAAUGGCGGGAGUGAAAUUGUAGGAUUAGAUUAUAAUUAUGAUUUGGCUUGUUUUCUUUGGUGGAACGAAGGUGGGGGGUUACUUCUAGUGAGGAAAAGACAUGAUACCAAACAGCUCCACCUUGAUGCAACUGUCGUUUACAAGGCAAUAAAAGGUUCUGCUAAAGUUGUUAGUGCAUUGACUAACCAUUUCAGGAACACCAUUAAUAUAUUGUUGGAUGAUGGUUCGAUAUUGAUUUACAAGCUAAAUACGGAUUUAUCAUGUAAGUUAUUGAAAAAAAUAGAGGCUCCAUCCACAUCGAAGAACCCAAAAGGUAUUGUACUACAUCCACAUGGAGAUUCCAUCCUUGUUUAUUACGAGAAUGGCUGGAAUAUUUAUUCUGUUUUAGGAAAUUUAAACUUUUCAACUUUUGAAUACGAUAGUAUGAGCAUUUCCAAUUGUAAAAAAAUACAAUACCUAAACGCCUAUGAGCUAAUUUUGGUCAACAAAAGUAAUGAAAUCAUUUUGAUAGACUUAACUGUUUGUAACUCAGGUGAUGGGUUUAACAAUUUAUCGAUGAAAAGACCAUUACUAUGUGACGGGGAAAAAAUAUGGAUUUUCAAAGCCUACGAGAAGAAAUUGAUUGAACAUUAUCAUUUCAAUUAUAAUAUAAAUGAUGUCACCAACAAAGAAACGGACCUAUGGUUGGCAGAAAUGUUACCUCUCAAGUUCAAAGUAAAAAACACCUCUAUUAGGUCUGUAUCGGUAAGUGAUGAUGGGAAUAAUGUCUGUGUUGUAGGUAAUUAUGAUGUUAUCGUUUAUAGCAUUGUUAACAGACAAUGGAAAUACAUGGAAGUGAUUGAGCAAUCUGCCGCCUUUGAAAAAUCGGAAUCAAUUAUUAACAAGUGUAUAUGGUGGAAAAAUUAUCUGAUUUUAGGUGCAGUAUCUGGUGCGAAGCAGAAGAAGCACUCGCAGGUUAUAAUAUUCUCCACCAAAAUAUUAGAGAAAAAAGUACCUUUCAGCUAUGAUUUUGUUGUAUGGAAUUUUGAGUUUGAAGAGACACAAUAUGACGAAUAUUUUGUCAAUUUCAAUGUUGAUCUGCAUAGUGAUAUUUUAUUUGUCAUGACCAAUGAAUUAAACUGCUACACAUGGAAUUUGGAGUUAACAACUAACCAUGUUGAGAAAGUUAGGGGAGACCAGCAAAGCAGCUUUAUCUCUGAAGACUUUCUUACAUCUAAGAAAUCAUCUAUAACAUUACAGCGGUCGACAGUAUAUCAGUUGAAGUCUUGUUUCAAUGAAAAUGAUGAGUCUAUUAUUUUAAACUUUAGUACGAUUUUGAGACUAUCAGAAUGUGGAUUGUUAUUCUUAACCAAUACAGAUCUAUAUUAUAUCAAAAAAAAGAGGGAUUUGAAUACAAAUUCUAUGACGAAUGUUGUCUAUCUAAUUAAUGACAGUGUGGAGUAUGUACAUAAGUUGAACAAUUCCUUGGUCUGUCUAUUUGACGGCUCGCAACUAAUUCAUUAUAACCUAAGUGAUGACUCGGAUAUAACUAAAUUAAAACCUAUCAAGAUAAGCACUGGAAACGAGAACUUUAGUGCUGACAACUGUGUUGAGUUGAAAUACAUUGGUGUUUGCUCAUAUCCAAUUACCACUAUUCCGAAUCAAAACAUCAUGUUUGGAAUUCAGGUGGAUUGUUAUAAUAAGGUCAAGUUAAAGCUAACCACGAAUAGGAAAAACUAUUUGGAAGAUUUAAUAAAUCAUUAUAUUCUCUCAAAUAUGGAAGUUAAAAAAUUAGAGGAAGAUUCAAAUGCGAUGAACAUAACUACCGUAUAUGCUAAAUUUUCUAAAUUUAAGAAUUUCAAAUUUGUGAUGGAGAAACUACUCUUUCAUUAUUUACAUAAUUGCUAUGAAGAUAAAAAUUAUGAUUCAAAUGAUGAUUAUUUUAACAGGCUAUAUUCGUUAAUCAAUUUAACAGGAAAUCCUUAUGAAAUAAUAUUGAAUUGCUUGAAAAAAACAGAGACACACCUAUGGACAAUAUAUUUCAGCAAGGCAAAGGAGAAUCCGAGAUUCAUUUUCAACAAAUUAUUCACGGAAAACGAUUCACAGAGACUAACUGCGCACUAUUUCAUCAUAAUGAUGAAUUACGAAUACUAUGGAACAAAAACUAAUAAUAAGAAAUCUAAAAAGAAAAAUAAAGGGUCAAAAACAGAUAGUUACAGUUUGACCUCCAGCGAUCAAGAUAUGGUUGUCAAUAUUUUAAAGAAAUUGAUUAUUUCCAAAGAUUUUGAGACUAGCUUUGAGCUAAUUCGAUUUUUGAAAGUAAUAGACCAAGAAAUGACACACAAUUGUUUAGAGAAAAUGAAAAAGUCUCUACUAAAAAACUGA